AUGGCCAAGUGCAUGACCAUCGCCAGUCCUUGCAACUUGUAUUGGCGCAAACAUCAUUUGACCCCCGACACCAUUGCUGUAGAACCUCUCGGUGGGUGGCGAGGGGCCCAAGUCAACCAAUCCCUCAAAGCCCUACAAUGGCUGUACUACCAAGAGCACCUCAUUCCCAAGGAGGGUGCCAGUGCCGAUCGCAUACGUCACGUUCGUAAUUGGGGCGAACAGUCGAUCCGAACCACCACCCACAAUCAUUUCGUCGAUGGCUACGAUCCCCUGACCCGCACCGUCUACGAGUUCCACGGGUGUCUCUACCAUGGCUGUCCCCGCUGUUAUCCCGUGAGAACCGCCACCCAUUAUGCCACACCGGAUCGAAACGUGGAGGAACUCUAUCAAGCCACGCUCUCCAAACGCAUGGCACUGCUCCGAGCAGGCCACACGGUGAUCGAAAUGUGGGAAUGUGAAUGGGACACAAUGGUGGACACGGAUGAAGCAGUCCAACGUUUCCUGACUUCCUUCGAUCUCCCCCCACCUCUGGAACCUCGCGAGGCCUUCUUCGGGGGUCGAACCGGUGCGGUAGCCCUGCAUGCCGUGGCUGGAGAGGGCGAGGAAAUACGUUAUGUGGAUGUGACCUCCCUGUACCCAUGGGUCAACAAAAACUGCCCUUACCCCAUUGGGCAUCCAAACAUCAUCACUCAGCCCAUCGACCAGUCCCUGGAAUCCUAUUUUGGUGUAGCCACCGUGGAUAUUCUUCCCCCUGCUGGCCUAUUCCACCCUGUCUUGCCGGUGCGUAGCGGAAACAAACUCACCUUUCCUCUCUGCCGUACCUGUGUCCAGACAGAGCAAGCCCAACCCAUGUUGACCAGAACUCGCUAUUGCCCUCAUUCUGACGCCGAUCGCACGCUACGUGGAACCUGGUGCACGCCUGAGUUGGUCAAAGCCGUCGAAAAGGGGUACACGCUCAUCAAGAUCCAUGAAGUCUGGCAUUUUCCCCCCGAGCAACGCCAAACGGGUCUUUUCGCCAAUUACGUAAACACGUGGCUCAAGUUAAAACAGGAAUCAGCGGGGUGGCCCGGCUGGUGUCAGACCCCCGAGCAGAAACGAGACUACAUUCUUCGCUACCAGGAACGGGAGGGCAUUCGAUUGGACAUUGCCAGUAUUGCCAAAAAUCCUGGUCGCAAGGCCACCGCCAAGCUCAUGCUCAACAGUUUCUGGGGCAAAUUUGGGGAGCGGAUCAACAAACCCACCACCGUCACUGUCAAACACCCCGCUGAUUUGUUCAAUCUCAUCUCCGAUGCCGCCCUCGAUCUCAGCACGCUCCGCCUCUGUACCGACGAUAUCCUGGAAGCUGUGUACACCAGUGUCCAAGACAAUGCCGUCAAAGGCACCAAGACCAAUAUCUUUGUGGCAGCUUUCACCACCUGUCAUGCUCGAUUGAAGCUCUACGAGUCCCUAGACACCCUUCAACAGCAAGUCCUCUACUAUGAUACCGAUAGUGUGGUGUACAAGUGGCGUCCCGGUCAACCCAGCAUUGCCACCGGGGAUUUUUUGGGAGAUAUGACGGAUGAAUUAGACGGAGACGUCAUUACCGAGUUUGUUUCGGGGGGCGCCAAGAAUUUUGGGUACCAGACCCGUGGUGGCAAAGUGGUGUGCAAGGUACGGGGUUUCACGCUGAACGUCCGUGGGUCGGCCAUUCUCAAUUUCCGCACGAUGAAAGAGAACAUUCUCUCGGAAUUAGACUCAGGACUCUCGCCGAACAUUGAACAUUACCACCCCCUAUUAUUUCAAACGGGAUUUAGAAAAGAAACAAAUUCAAGUGGUUCCGCGCGUGAAGCAGUAUGGUUUGGUGUUUGA